UGUCUCGACUCCAUGUCUCUUUGCGAAUACGAUUUCUUAUCGUUCUUGUAUUCGUCUUUUACAUUCGUCUAUUUCCUUAACAUCGCUUUUCUUUUAUAGUUUAUCUCGGUCCGGUUUUCCGGCGUCUGCAUGUUGGUAUGUGCUCUCUAGUGGGGAUGUACUGGAGUAUACCUCAAUUUGUAAACUUCUUAUAAAUUAAUACAAUAUAAUUUCCAGAAGAAAAACAAAGUAACCAUAUUACACUUCGACAAAUAUGAAGAAAAUAUGUAUCAAGUUGAAAAAAAAAUGGAAAUAAGAAAUGAAGCGUAGGAAAAUUAGGGGUAGUUUAUAUGUUUGGUGGUGGUUGUAGUAAAGACUAGGAUCCACUACACUUAUAUGAGCUUAAUGAAUAAAAGCCCAAGGUAAAUAUCUCAACGAUCACACUUCAUUGAUAAUUCUUCGUCUUUUGUCCACUAAAUGUCGUCGUUCCCAUAUUGCCAAAUAAUAUCUAACGACAGUUAUGUCUCCGUCAACGGCAGCGAUAUUUAUCUGUCCAAUCUUGGCCGUUGACGCCGCCGUAUCCACCGCGAUUCACACGGGCGAUUUCAGAUUCUCCUUCCUUCCCUGCCUCCCUCUCCCCUUCCUCCUCGGCCUCCUCCUCGAUCUAAUCCUCGUUGGAAUCAUAAAACUAAUCUUCCGUCGCGCUCGUCCUUCCCCUCAAUGUCACGCCGCCGUAUCCGCUGACCACUACUCGUUUCCCUCCGGAGACACCUCACGCGUCUUCUUCGUCGCUGCAUCGGUUCACUUCUUCACUUGCGUUGUCGCAUCUGAAGCCCCGAGCUACUCUUUCUUAGACGGGUGGGUCAGGGAGGAUCACGGCGGUGUGAAAGGAGAGGUUUUGGUGGCUGUUUGGGUGUGGGCAACAGUGACCGCCGUCUCGAGGAUUCUCUUAGGGAGACAUUACGUCCUCGAUGUUGCUGCCUUCUUGGGUGUUCUAGAAGCACUCUUUGCUCUUAGGUUUCUCAGAUUAGAACAUAUCUUGCUGUAAUUUCUAUGACAUUGUUUUCGAUUAUAAAGUUUGUACCUUUUUGAUCUUGUGUUAUAUGAUCUUAAUGAGAGAUGAAAGUGUUAUUCCCAUGUUUAAACGAUGAAAGUAAAAAAAAGGCUGAACCUUUCACACUGA